AUGCCGCGGGAAGAGCACUCAGACGAUGAGGGUGAUCUGGUCGAGUGGAACUUGGGCUAUGCAGAAAUCCCAGAGCGGCCAGCGGACCUGCUGCGCCACCGCUUCCCAAGCAAAAUCGGCGGCCGUCCGGCAUGGCUGGACCCCGUGCACCUGCCCAGCCGCGCCCAACUGACGUGCGGCGCCACGGGUGCGCCGAUGCGCUUUUUGCUGCAGGUCUACAGCCCGCUGGAUGACGAACCCUGCGCCUUCCACAGAUCGCUGUUCGUCUUCGCCUCACAGCGCGGCGACAAGCUCGCGGCCGCCGGCGCGGUGCGCGCGCUCAGGUGCCAGCUGCCGCGCGACAACCCGUACUACCCGCCCGUCGCGCCGGGGCCGGACGACUUGACACCGCCGCAGCUUUCGGAACCAGACGCGGCCGCCGCAGCAGAGGCAGACCCUUGGGGUUCAUAUGCGGCCGAGCGCGCGGCAGCGGCAGCGGCGGCGGCGGCAGGCGCGGGCGCCGGCCCCGCGUCAGCAGCAGCAGAGGCGGCAGCAGCGGGUGCGGCCCCAGCGCCCGCGCCCGGCGGCGGCGACGGCAGCGGCGGCGGCGACGUGAAGUUGUUCAAGGAGUUUGAGUUGGUGGUGGAGCCAGAGCCCGAGGAGGACGAGGCCACCCCCGAGGUCCAGCGCGCCCGCCUCCGCCGCCGCCGAGCGCCGCCCGCCGCCCGCCCGCGGGCCGCGCCUGACGUGCGCAGGGUGCUCGACAGCUACAACGCGCGCGUGGCGGAGGAGGGGGAGUACGACGACGAGGAGCUGCCGCCAGACGUGCUGGAGGCGCUGGAGGACAAGGGCCGCGCACACUUCGCGGUGCGCCGCAGCGGCGGCGGCGCGGCCUGGGCUGGGGCGCCUGCAUUGGGGCGCCUGGGCGCCGCACCAGGAGACCUGGGGCCUGCCCCAGGCACGGCUGGGGCCUGGGCGCAGCCGGCGCGCAGCAGGCUGGGGUCGACGGCGCGGCUAGAUUACGGCGGUGGUCUCGAGCCAGUCGCAGCAAACAGCGACGCUUAA